GCUUCCUCGAGACGAAAUCAAAACCCUAUACGUCUCUUCCGCUUCCCCAAAAUUCAUCUACUCUUUUCGGUUUCUCCAGUGGAUUAUACCUGGAGACGUCACUACCUUGGAACCCUGGAUUUGCGCAACAAGGGAAAGGUAGGUUUUUGGAAAUGGAGAAUAUGGUUGGUCAGAGCUUGGAGGAAAGCCAGCCCGUUGAUCUCUCUCUGCAUCCGUCUGGCAUUGUUCCCAGAUUUCAGAAUAUUGUUUCGACGGUAAAUUUGGACUGUAGGUUGGACCUUCCAGCCAUAGCUAUUCAGGCUCGAAAUGCAGAGUACAAUCCCAAGCGUUUUGCUGCAGUCAUUAUGAGAAUAAGAGAUCCGAAAACCACAGCUUUGGUAUUUGCAUCUGGAAAAAUGGUUUGUACAGGAGCAAAGAGCGAGCAGCAAUCAAACCUUGCAGCGCGGAAGUAUGCUCGUAUCAUCCAGAAGAUAGGUUUCCCAGUUAAAUUUGAGAAUUUCAAGAUCCAGAACAUUGUUGGUUCAUGCGAUGUAAAGUUUCCUAUAAGGCUUGAGGGCCUUGCCUAUUCUCAUCAAUCUUUCUGUACUUAUGAACCAGAGCUCUUUCCUGGUCUGAUCUAUCGGAUGAAACAACCAAAGGUUGUACUUCUCAUUUUUGUUUCCGGAAAGAUUGUCCUCACUGGUGCGAAGGUGAGAGAUGACAUAUACACUGCAUUCGAGAGUAUCUAUCCAGUCCUUAAAGAAUUCAUGAAGAUAUCAACGACACAAUCAGGACAAUGAAGCAGGUCCAAGUGGCUUUUUGAUAAGUUGCUAUAAUCCAUCGACUGUACAUAUGAAGGAUCGUUUAGGUAGAUGCUAGAGCUCAUUAAAGACUUGUGAAUUCUGGUUCUUAUUGAGAGUUUGUGUAGAAUUUUAUCAUACAAAUUAUAAUCAAUAAAAGUCACUUCUCUUGUUAAAAAAUUGUUGCUUUGGGCUUUUGAUUCUACAUGACAGAAAAAUCUGUAGAGUCACUACUUACUCUGAUUUGUCAUUUGGCUCAUCUCCAGCAUAAGACCAAUUCAUGAUCUCAAGCAUUCAUUGACUGGAAAUGUAGAUAGCCAAUUGAUAAUGCAGCCUUUGGUUUCCUUUCAUCAUCAAGAGAAAUUUUCUGUGUCUGAAUAGCCAAUCUAACUUACCCAUUUCCGUUCUGUUGAAAUAAAUCACUGUACAGAUAGUUAAAGUAAAUGAUUACACCCUACUCUGUUGCCAAGUUAUGACACUUCAUCAUAAAAUCUAUCUCUUGGCCUUAUCUAGUCCAUUGUGGCAAGAUAUUUCUUGUGAAAUGUCUUGAAAAGAUAACAUACACCCUUUCCUUUGAUACAAAAGACACAAAGGGAGGAAAGAAAAUUCUAGUCAACAAAUCUUUUGGAAAACUGAAACAGUGGUCCAAAUAGAUUGCCCUGCAGAAGUGCAAGAAGACUAGUGACUCGUUGGUGCAGUUCCCCAAAUCCAAUUCCAUUUCCUGUCUUUAAUGCAAGGAUAAGUUUUCAUGUCCCACCAUAAAAACAUGGUGCAAAUCAAGCUUAUAUUUCUUCCAGCUAUAAAAUUUCUCCUACAUUAAGCCUUCCCUUCCAACAGCACCCACUCACUAGCUAUCACUACUUAAACACCAUAAUUCACAUACUAAGUUCCCCUCCAAAGAAAGCAGGAGUAG